UUUCGCUUUAGUGAUGAAGUAGAACAGGGAUUAAAUUCCAGGAAGAGUAGUAAGCCUAUUGAGGGGAAGGAUAGGGAUGAAAUAUGGACAGAUUUCCUCAAGGGUACUAAGUCGCUGUGUGAUAACUUUAUUGAUGCUUUCAUGCAGGGUAAAGGGAACUUCAGUCAAAUUCCCACUCCACCUCCAGUUCUCUUCCUGCUAUGUCUUCCCGCGGUUUGUGGAUGGGCUUCAACUGCUUUUAGACGGGCUGCUCCCACUUCCAGUAAUCGGUUGACAGAUGCUAUUAAGCGGCUGAAAUCAUCAACUCUUUCCACUGGCGUUCCAAAGAUAUCCGUUCUGGAAAAAUCGAGAUUAGAUUGGGAAUCUUUUACCGAGAGGGAAGGCAUUAAAGACGACCUCAAGCUACACAAUAAGGGCAAAAAUGGGUAUGUCGAACGAAAGGCAUUUGAAGCACGAACUCAGGAGCGGGAAUACCAGAUACUGAAGGAGGCUCGUCUCAAGAGUAUUCAACGACGGUGA